GAGAUCUAAGUGAAAGCAUUAAUAUAACUGUAAACAUAGAAAGAGUAGAUCUUUGGGGGAACCUAAUAAAACCAACUACAGUCUUUGCUCAACUAAACCAUUAUAAACCCAGGUUCAUUCCAUGGAAAUCAGGACAGAGAGUAGUUUUCAGAGUGGCAAAACCCUGGAUGUCCCGGGGAAUAACAGAGUUGAUUGGAUACCAUCCAGAGGAGCUGCUGGGCCGUUCGGCGUAUGAGUUCUACCAUGCCUUGGACUCUGAGAGUAUGACCAAGAGUCACCAGAACUUGUGUACAAAAGGUCAAGUAGUGACAGGCCAGUACCGUAUGCUUGCCAAGCACGGGGGAUACGUGUGGCUGGAGACUCAAGGGACAGUGAUUUACAACACUCGCAACCUGCAGCCUCAGUGCAUCGUCUGUGUCAACUACGUGCUCAGUGAAAUUGAGAAGAAUGACAUCGUGUUCUCCAUGGACCAAACAGAAUCACUCUUCAAGCCUCACCUGCUGACAAUGAGCACCACCUACGAGAGCGGCAUUCAGAAGAGCAACUUCUUGUUUACUAAGUUAAAGGAGGAACCAGAGGAACUUGCUCAGCUGGCACCAACACCUGGUGAUGCCAUUAUUUCCCUGGAUUUUGAGACACCGAAGUUUGAGGAAGCCCCUGCCUAUGCCAGUGCUGUUGUGACAUCAAACAAAGGGUGGCCAGUGGAAGUGGAAAGCCACACUUCUCAAGGUGAAACACUGACGAUACCAUCCUUUACAAUGCCUCAGAUUGCACCUGGGAGCAGUACUCCCAGUGCAAGCAGCAACAGCAGCUGUUCCACGCCAAGCAGCCCAGGAGAUUAUUACAGUUCUAUGGAUGAUGAUCUAAAGAUUGAGAUGAUUGAGAAACUUUUUGCCAUGGACACAGAAUCAAAAAGUCAGUGUACCUCUCAGACUGACUUCAAUGAACUGGACCUUGAAACCCUGGCUCCUUACAUUCCUAUGGAUGGAGAAGAUUUCCAGCUCAGCCCAAUCUGCCAAGAAGAACGUCCUCUCUCUGAAAGUGCACAAAACACCCAGCAGAGUCUAAGUAGCAUGAGCACCAUCUUCCAACCCCUUGCUUCUGCUUCACAGAAUCAGUUCCUCCCAGAGAAAUAUUGCCCACAGCUAUCAAACAGAAACAUUAAUCCUGGUCACGAGUCCCUGUCAUCGGUGUUCUUCAACAAUAUGAGUAGGUCAUCACUGCCACCGUACCGUGACCAAGGCAGCACUCCCCUGUCUUCAAAGGGAGGAAGACCAAACACCCAGUGGCCACCUGAUCCCCCAUUAGAAUAUCUUCCUGCUAAAUGGAGACUCAUGGAUAAAUACUCAGGAUCCCUAUCAAGUUCCUCCUCAGGGCCACCAGUACAUUCUCCAAGCGUGCCCAUAUAUAAAAAAAGGCCCCUGGAUGCUUUUGGGCGACGAGGCAUAGACGUAAACCCAGCAAGAAUUGCUCUGUCUAACAGUUUGAAACUGAAAAGACAACUGGAUUAUGAAGAACAAGCGUUGCAACAGCUGAGUGGGGGAGAUCCAUCUGUCAUUAACCCAUCUCACCUAAUGUGGAAGAGAAUGAAAUUUCUCAAAGGGGAAAACUGUUCCUUGGUUACAGAAAAGAAGUCUCUCAGCACUAGUGUUCUUACUGAUGAAUAUGUCUGUAACUCGAGAGGUCUGAGCCAACCAAUGAAUCAACUGCAGCAACAACCCACCUGUGGCAGUCCUGGUGACAACUUGAAAGCAGGAGCGUUUCCCCUUCCAUUUUACAGUUCCCAUUGUCAGGACUAUUGUGUCCAGCCAACUCAUAAAGCGUCAGGUAUGACCAGUCGCCUUCUGGGGCCCUCCUUUGAACCCUACUUGUUGCCCGAGUUGACGAGAUAUGACUGUGAGGUGAACGUCCCCGUUUUGGGCAGCUCUACACUUCUGCAGGGCAGUGAACUGCUCAGAGCACUGGACCAGGCAACCUGAGCGAUCCUGCAAUAUUCCGUGGCCUACACUGUUCAAAACAGCUUCACUUUUUAAAUAUAUUUUUGCAAGUAGACAAUUUCUAAUACCAAUACACUUUUACAGGAUUUUACUUAGAUAUUGAACAUGUCCACGUUACCAAAUAGUGGCCUUUUGAAGUUACUCACUUUAUUAUUCAUAUUAAAGAAAUACAUCUACUGUAUUUUCUCUAUUGCAAUUAAAGUGUUGUUUAGAGAGUUUGAUUAUACCCUCCCCUUAUCUCAGUGCCUGUAAUUUAUAUACUGAAAUUUUCUUCAAAUUUUGUGCUGAUAAA